GCGGUUCCGGGUCGUGGCGCGGCUCCGGGUAACAGGGCUGGUGUUGCCGGCCGGCGGCGGCGGCGGGGAACGGCGGGGUCAUGAGGGCGAGUUUGGGGAGCGGCAGUCGAGCCGGCCGGUAGAAGCGCUGGUCCCCGAGGACUUCGUGGGCGCAGGGUUCGGUGCAGGGGCCGGGGGGCGUGGGAAAGCCGGGCCUCCCUCAGGGGAGUGUGGAAGCGGCUUCAGGUAAAGGUUGCCCUAGCCGCCGCCCGCCGCCCCUCGCCCGCGGGACCCUGUGGUCCCUCAGCACCCCGCUGCCCGCGCUGCCCCGCGACCGCCCGCCCGGGCCGUGCUCGGUGGCCUGGGAGCGUGCGAACCUGACAGCUGGGUGUGUGACUUAGGUAGGUGAGCCUGUGAAACAGAAUGAAGAGGAGAAAAUAGCCUUUUAAAGAACCUGGCCCACAGAAAGGAUGGCCUUCUUGGACAAUCCAACUAUCAUUCUAGCUCAUAUUCGACAGUCACACGUGACCAGUGAUGACACAGGAAUGUGUGAGAUGGUUCUCAUUGAUCAUGAUGUUGACCUAGAGAAGACUCAUCCUCCUUCUGUGCCUGGAGACAGUGGGUCAGAAGUUCAGGGGAGCAGUGGUGAGACUCAGGGCUACGUGUAUGCCCAGUCUGUCGAUAUUACCUCAAGCUGGGACUUUGGUAUUAGAAGACGCUCAAACACAGCUCAAAGAUUAGAACGACUCCGCAAAGAGAGACAAAACCAGAUCAAAUGCAAAAAUAUUCAGUGGAAAGAAAGAAAUUCUAAGCAAUCAGCCCAGGAGUUAAGAUCACUGUUUGAAAAAAAAUCCCUCAAAGAGAAGCCUCCAAGUUUGGGCAAGCAGUCCAUAUUGUCUGUACGCCUGGAGCAGUGCCCUUUGCAGCUGAAUAACCCCUUUAAUGAGUAUUCCAAGUUUGAUGGCAAGGUAAGUUUAAAAUAAAGAGGUGUCUCUUUA